AUAUCGUCGCUGUCCGAUGAAAAACACGUAUCUCCAGUUUUUGCGUUUUUUACUUUUUUUCAUGUGUUGAAUGUGGGAAUGCAUCUCUACCUAUCCAUACAAGUGAAGAUGAAAAUGACCAAUCAAAAGUCUGAAAAAUCGCUCAUCUGUUUUCCGCGUAUCUCCAUUGGCUGCUAGACCUGUCUGUCAAACCGCGUAUCUCCUCCUCCCAACCCCCGCCACCUCUCUCUGUGGACGUGAAGAAAGUUGUUCUCCGGCAGCGUAGCUCAAACACUCAAGACCAGAAAUGUCUCUCUCAUUGAAAGAGCUAUGUGCACUGGUAAAUGUACCGUAUGAUAGGACACUGGAGGAAAAGGUGUUUAGUGAGGAAGAUGAGGAAGAUGAGGAAGAGGGUGAGGCUGUAAGGCAAGAAGAAGUCGUGUUAGGAUGCAUUGAGUCCUCUUGUGAGGAGCAAGGUUUAUGGAAAAUGUGUAUUAACAUUAAGUCAGACAGAGUAAAGAUUUCAGAAUUUAAGUUUUUACUCUUCAAAACAAAGCCUGAAUUCGGUCAACUAGUGCAGGCACUGUUACAAUAUUUUCUUUUCUUUUUAUUGAAGAUGCACUUUGCCCCAGAAAUAUCUCUGGACAAGAACAGGCCACUGAGGAUGUGCAAGAUCAGGUGGAACAUAAUGAAUCCGAAAAAGACGAUGCACAUUGUUCAAAAAAUAUCUCUGGACAAGAGGAUGCUGCUGAUGGACAAGAUCAAAUGGCACACAAUGGAUCUGAACUAGUGGAUGCACAUUGUUCAAGAAAUAUCUCUGGACAAGAGGAUGCUGCUGAUGGACAAGAUCAAAUGGCACACAAUGGAUCUGAACUAGUGGAGGGCAAUAAAGAAAAUGAUGUAGCUGAGGAGGCUUUAGGUGGAGAGUCUCGCAUGGGAAGACCAAAAAGGCGGACAAACACAGAGACCUGGAAAGUCAACACUCAGAAAAGGAGAAGAAUGAUGGGUCAGUCAUAUCUUGGAAGAAGGCAAAAUGAGGAAGUGACGAGGGAAGAAAGAAAAAUGGGUAGGCCAUGCCAGUCUGUAUUUUGUAGGAAAUCGAAAAAGCUGCACUGUGAAGCAAUACAGGAAGCGGACAGGGAGGCAAUUUUUAAAUACUUCUGGGAAAAAUUAGACUGGAGGGAGAGGAAAAUUUAUGUUGUGUCACUGGUAGAUGUAGGCCCUGUGAGAAGACGACGGACAGGAGAAGAACAGUCAAGGAGGUCAGCAUCCAUUCUGUGUCACCUUAAAGUGGAUGGCAAAAGGACCAGGGUAUGUCAGAGCAUGUUUCUUUCAACACUAGGGAUCAAGCAGUGGUGCUUUCUAAGUUGGGUUGGCCGGAGAGAGCCUGAAAAGAUAAAGAAAACCAGCAUCAGGAAUGAAGAGGUUGAGUUCCUUCAGCAGUUUCUAAAGGACCUUCCUAAGGUUCCAUCUCAUUACUGCAGAUCUUCCUCUACAAAAAUGUACUUGGAACCUCUUUUUAAAUCCAUCAGCCAUCUUCAUUCUGAAUACACCCAUGCUUGUGCAGAAAAUAAUGUCCAGUCUCUUUCAAGACAAGUAUUCAGUAGCAUUUUUAACCAAUUAAAUCUCUCGCUGUUUCACCCCAAGAAAGAUCAGUGCAAUACGUGCUGUUCAUAUAAAGUUGGAAACAUAGAUGCUGGCACAUGGGAAGAACAUUGCAGGAAGAAGGAGUCAGCAAGAGUGAGCAAGCAGGAAGAUAAAAACAAUGCAACUGAGAAAACAAUGGUGGUGUGUAUGGAUCUGCAGGGUUUACUUCUUUGCCCCAAACUUCAAGCCUCAGCACUCUACUAUAAAACCAAGCUUGGUGUCCACAACUUCACAAUGUACAACAUGGCAACCCAUGAUGCUACUAAUUAUUUGUGGCAUGAAGGGGAAGGUGGACUCACAGCUAAUGAAUUUGCUUCAUGUAUCAUCCACUUCCUUGAGGAACACAGCAUGCAUGAUGAAUACAUCUUAUGGAGUGAUGGAUGCAGCUAUCAAAAUCGCAACAUAGUUUUAAGCAAUGCUCUGCUGAAGUUUGCAACUGAGAAGCAAAAGGUCGUUACCCAGAAGUACUUGGAAAAAGGGCAUACACAAAUGGAAUGCGACUCCGUGCACAGCGUGAUAGAGAGAAGACUGAGAGACAGAGACAUCCAUGUUCCAGCCGAGUAUGCCACGGUGAUCAGAGCAGCACGGUCCAAUCCCAGGCCAUACAAUGUGCAAUAUGUCAACCACAGUUUCUUCCAGGACUACAGCAAGCUGAAGCUUUGUAAGUCCAUCCGUCCUGGCAAAAACCCUGGAGAAUCAACUGUGUUUGACCUCCGGGCUAUCAGGUACAACGUGGAUGGUACCAUGGACUACAAAACUGUCCAUGCAGAUGACUGGACACCUUACCUCUCACCCACUCUUAGGAAGAGGAACAGUGACACCACAGUGCUACCACUGUACACAUCCAGCCUGAGAAUCAAGGCGCUGAAAUACAAGCACCUCCAAGAACUUAAGAAUUUCAUUCCCAAGGACUUUCAUGGAUUUUAUGAUUCACUUAACUAUGAGUGAUAUGCAUCACCAGUCUGCAGGUUCACUGUUUAAUGUGGAGUUGGCUCACGUGUGUACAUAAAAAAAAAAAAGCCACAGACCAUUUUCUUGAGUCUGACUGUGAGUCUCAAAACAUGAUUUAUGUGUUUUCCUAAUGAUUUCCCACAAGUAAUUCAGAUUUGUAUCCAAUAUCUACAUGGAAUUUAGUUAUUUAUCAAAAAGAGAUAUAACAUUUUAUUAGUAGUUGAUACAGGUUAUUCUAUUGAAAUGUUUGUUGGUUCGUAUGUUUUUUCUUGUACAUAUCUGAAAUUUAUAUGAGGUUUUUAUUAAAUGAUUGACGUUUCCUCGUACAGUAAAUAAUAACUUGAUUUAUAAAUUACAUUGUCUGUAACUUUUAAAUUUGUAUUAGUUGAAAGGUAUCUAAGUGACAUAGUAAAACAUUUCUUAAUAAAUCUAUAAAUAUC